GUGUGCGUGCGCGUGCAGCCGGCCCUCCUUUAUUAUUUAUUUAUUUAUUUAUUUUUGGAAAAACAGCGUUUUUGAGUUGCAGACUUGCAGUUAGCAAAUAAAUAAAGGGAAUGAGAGGGAGGUGGUGGUGCUGCCGUUCCCCUGCCUCCUUCAUUCGAACACGGUUGAGUGAAGAAAGAGAGGGACUGAGCUUCAGAGUGAGUAGGAGGGUAUAAGCAGAGUUUCUUGGUUUCAUUUCAGGGAGAACGUGCUGAGUUUCCUAUUUUCAUUCCUUUUUCUUUUUCCUCUUUCACUUGCUUUCUGACAAAGCUCCAGCUCUCUCUCUUUCACACACACACACACACAGAUCUCAUAUAUCCUUUCUCUCUUCCUACUUUACCUCUCUCUCUCUCUCUCUCUCUCGCGUCUAUCAACAUUUCUUUACACAAGCAAGCACACACAGAGGGAGGAUGGCAAGCGUUUGAUGAAGGGGAGAUUUUCGAAGCAGGGUUUGAGGGAGUGCUGCAUUGCUUCAAAGUGUGGUGAGACGGGGUUGUAAAAGGAUUUUCUUGAUUGGAAUCUUGCUGUGGCUAUGGGAAAAUCUCCUGGUAAAUGGCUCAAGACGCUACUGUUUAGGAAGAAAAGUACCAGAUCCAGUUAUACAAAGGCAAGAGGCGAUCUGGUCACAGUUGAGAAGGAAAAGCAUGGCUCUGGAAAGGAGCCACUUGCUGAUUUGUCUGUGAAUUCACCCUUGAUUUCCCAGCCUGUUCCUACCAAAAAUGACACAAAUGACUCCAUUCCUCAACCUGAGAGUACGUGUGCUGCUGAAUUAUCACCUGAAGUUGGACAACCAGUGCCUGCAAGUCAAGAUUGUGAGAAACCUGAUGCUGCUGUUGGAGCUGGACUAUCCCCUGAUCCAAGGAACUCGAGAGAAGAACAGGCAGCAAUAAAGGCACAAGCAGCUUUUCGAGGUUACCUGGCACGUCGGGCAUUUCAAGCCCUUAAGGGGAUCAUUAGGUUGCAGGCACUUGUCCGCGGGCAUUUGGUAAGGAGACAGGCUGUGGCAACUUUGCUUUGUUUGCAUUCAAUCAUAAAGGUGCAAGCAGUUUUCCGUGGCCGAAGGAUCAGACAUUCUGAUGUUGGACUAACCAUACAUCAGAGAUUUGGUGGAGGAAAGAUCAUGAACACCAUGUCUUCUACUGCUGCGGUGGUAAGGCCCUCAGCUCGUACAGAGAAGCUGCUGUCCAAUGCUUUUGCUAGAAAGCUUCUAGUUUCUUAUACUAUGGUAAGGCCAUUGAAAGUCUACUACAGUGAAACUGAACCAAACUCUGCUUGGAGCUGGCUAGAACGCUGGACAGCCAUUUGUUUUACUGUUCCUUCUAUUCAGUUAAAGAGAGGAAUUGAUUCAAAACCACAAAAGCACACUGCCCGUGCCACAGAGAAUGAUGGAAGCAGGAUGAAGCGCAGUGUACGCACACGCCCAACAGCACAUGGUGAUACCUCAACCAAUGCCAACAAUUAUGAACCUGAAAGAUCAAAGAGGAUUCUAAAAAAAGUACCUGCACAGCCUGUUGAGGAACCACAAAGUGAGCUUGAAAAGGUUAAACGCAAUUUGAGGAAGGUAUCUGCAAAUCUUACAACUGAUAUUUCUUCAGAUCGCCAGGAGAUGGAAACUGAGAAGCUGAAGCGCAAUUUGAACAAGACUACAAGUUCCUCAGUUGAGAACCAUGAUAAUGGUGAAGCUGAUUCUAUUGAUAAGAAUAGGAAAGCUACUACUGUAGCUCCCACUGAGCAGCCUGAACCAAAGGCAAAUUCUCGGCUGAUAACAGAUUCUCAACAGAAGAUAGAUUCUCAACCAAAAAUAGAUUCUCAACAGAAGAUAGAUUCUCAACCAAAAUUAGAUUCUCAACUAAUAUCAGCAGAUUCUCCAUCAAAGAUGGAUUUUGAACCUAUAUCAAUAAAUGUUUUAGCCGACUGUUCUCAAAUUGAUAAUCCUAUUAUUAAGUUAAAUCCAAUUGAGGUAUCCCUACCAGCAAUUCCAUUGGAAAAUGAGAUCAAAGAUGGAAGCCUAGCGGAUGUAGAUGGGGAAAUAAAUUCAAAUCCAAAGGAUGAUCAAGUGCCUGCAGGUGGUCAGAAAACUAGUAAAAGGCGAUCUUCAUUUCCAGAAAAUGGGUUGCAUAAGAGUCCAGCUCUGCCUAGUUACAUGGCAGCAACUGAGUCUGCAAAGGCCAAGUUACGUUGUCAAGGUUCUCCAAGGUUUGGCUCCGAUGGAACCGAAGGAAAUGGUGUCACCAGGCGUCAUUCUUUGCCUUCAGUUUCCAAUGGGAAAGUGAGUUCUUUGUCCCCAAGAACACAGAGACUUGUCCAAUCUGGGAAAGGAAACAUUAGAGACAAGUCACUCCUGUCUUCUCGGGAUGGAAAUGAGAAAGUGGUUCAUGCAGAAUGGCGGAGGUGAAUGGAUCUUGAUUAUGUCCUGUUGGGCAGGCAAACACUUUUUUCUGUGGUGUAAAUUGUUCUAGAAAGCUCUAGUAUUUUUCCGGUUACAGGACGGUGCUUUCAGGUGUUCGGGGAUUAUGUAAAUUUUCAAGGUUUCAGAGCUUGAUUUGGUUGCGAGUACCCACAGUUGUUUCCUCUAUUUCUAUGUGUAUUUAUUGCUAAACCUGCAAACUGAAGACGUCCCGAUGAUUGUCUGCUGCUGAAGAUUUGGCUUUCUAUACUUGUUAA